ACAGAUGUCCCAACAGCCCCGGCGAGAGGGCAGGAAGGGCACUCAAGAAGGAAGAUGUCUCGCUCCCCUCAGCCCCCAACCACCGUGUCCUGCGAGGCCAAUGGCUCCUGGGCCGAGACUGGCCUGGGGCCUCCAGAGGCCCAGCUCGAAGUCCCUCCUGCCCAUCCCUGGCCCAGUUCCCCGAAGAUGGCAUGGACCCUUUUCCUCCCCACUCACCCCAGGAAGGCUGAGGCUGCGGUUUACAUCAUCCUUGGGCGUAGGGCUGACCUCGAAGAACGAAUUCGAAGAAAACAGGAGGAGGAGCGGGCAUACACCGCGCCCUGCGCCCAUUGGCCGCCCGUGGAAAUUUUGGUUUUUGGGGUCAUGUUCCCAGAAGGCCUGCCCUCCCCCCUCCCCAUCCCCACCCACCUCAUGAGGUGUUGGCCAAUCGCCCCAGCGGGCAUAAAGUGGCUGCCAGCCUGCAGGGCUCCCAGCCGAGAGGUGUCACCCCCAGCGGGCGCGGGCCGGAGCACGGGCACCCAGCAUGGGGGUACUGCUCACACAGAGGACACUGCUCAGUCUGGUCCUUGCACUCCUGUUUCCAAGCAUGGCGAGCAUGGCGGCUAUAGGCAGCUGCUCGAAAGAGUACCGCGUGCUCCUUGGCCAGCUCCAGAAGCAGACAGAUCUCAUGCAGGACACCAGCAGACUCCUGGACCCCUAUAUACGUAUCCAAGGCCUGGAUGUUCCUAAACUGAGAGAGCACUGCAGGGAGCGCCCCGGGGCCUUCCCCAGUGAGGAGACCCUGAAGGGGCUGGGCAGGCGGGGCUUCCUGCAGACCCUCAAUGCCACACUGGGCUGCGUCCUGCACAGACUGGCCGACUUAGAGCAGCGCCUCCCCAAGGCCCAGGAUUUGGAGAGGUCUGGGCUGAACAUCGAGGACUUGGAGAAGCUGCAGAUGGCGAGGCCGAACAUCCUCGGGCUCAGGAACAACAUCUACUGCAUGGCCCAGCUGCUGGACAACUCAGACACGGCUGAGCCCACGAAGGCUGGCCGGGGGGCCUCUCAGCCGCCCACCCCCACCCCUGCCUCGGAUGCUUUUCAGCGCAAGCUGGAGGGCUGCAGGUUCCUGCAUGGCUACCAUCGCUUCAUGCACUCAGUGGGGCGGGUCUUCAGCAAGUGGGGGGAGAGCCCGAACCGGAGCCGGAGACACAGCCCCCACCAGGCCCUGAGGAAGGGGGUGCGCAGGACCAGACCCUCCAGGAAAGGCAAGAGACUCAUGCCCAGGGGACAGCUGCCCCGGUAGCCUCGAGAGCACCCCUUGCCGGUGAAGGAUGCGGCAGGUGCUCUGUGGAUGAGAGGAACCAUCGCAGGAUGACAGCUCCCGGGUCCCCAAACCUCUUCCCCUCUGCUACUAGCCACUGAGAAGUGCACUUUAAGAGGUGGGAGCUGGGCAGACCCCUCUACCUCCUCCAGGCUGGGAGACAGAGUCAGGCUGUUGCGCCCCCACCUCAGCCCCAAGUUCCCCAGGCCCAGUGGGGUGGCCGGGCGGGCCACGCGGGACCGACUUUCCAUUGAUUCAGGGGUCUGAUGACACAGGCUGACUCAUGGCCGGGCUGACUGCCCCCCUGCCUUGCUCCCCGAGGCCUGCCGGUCCUUCCCUCUCAUGACUUGCAGGGCCGUUGCCCCCAGACUUCCUCCUUUCCGUGGUUCUGAAGGGGAGGUCACAGCCUGAGCUGGCCUCCUAUGCCUCAUCAUGUCCCAAACCAGACACCUGGAUGUCUGGGUGACCUCACUUUAGGCAGCUGUAACAGCGGCAGGGUGUCCCAGGAGCCCUGAUCCGGGGGUCCAGGGAAUGGAGCUCAGGUCCCAGGCCAGCCCCGAAGUCGCCACGUGGCCUGGGGCAGGUCACUUUACCUCUGUGGACCUGUUUUCUCUUUGUGAAGCUAGGGAGUUAGAGGCUGUACAAGGCCCCCACUGCCUGUCGGUUGCUUGGAUUCCCUGACGUAAGGUGGAUAUUAAAAAUCUGUAAAUCAGGACAGGUGGUGCAAAUGGCGCUGGGAGGUGUACACGGAGGUCUCUGUAAAAGCAGACCCACCUCCCAGCGCCGGGAAGCCCCAGUCUUGGGUCCUCGCUGCUGGCUGCUCCCCCUGGUGGUGGAUCCUGGAAUUUUCUCACGCAGGAGCCAUUGCUCUCCUAGAGGGGGUCUCAGAAACUGCGAGGCCAGUUCCUUGGAGGGACAUGACUAAUUUAUCGAUUUUUAUCAAUUUUUAUCAGUUUUAUAUUUAUAAGGCUUAUUUAUGAUGUAUAUUUAAUGUUAAUAUUGUGCAAACUUAUAUUUAAAACUUGCCUGGUUUCUAAA